AUGCAGUUGAGUAUGGGCUUAUUGGAUUAUCGAGCACUGAUACCAAAACCAUCAUUAAAAAAUACCCAACAAAUGGAGUCCACGAAUACGAAUGGGUUGUAUCUAUUGAUACAAGCGGCAGAGAUACUGGAGAAUGCAACAAUGUUUGCAAAUAGUUUACCCCCCCAAACAGAACUCUUGGGUGGAGGUUACGACUCGUAUUCUACUGCACAGAGCCUCCCAAAGUUGUCCGUAAAUAACAGGAGUUUGGCAAAGAUUUUGAACGAAGAUACAACUUUGCCGACGCACACGGACCACAACCGAAACUCUCGAGAACAAUCCACGCUGCUCUCCGCAUUAACCGCAUCCUUAACCCAACUAUCGCAUUCGCACUCGGUUCAACUCUCACGCCAUUCCGUCCUAAAUUCAGAAAACAGGCGUUUGACGGCGACCCUACGAGACAUAAAAAUAGCGUUAAUCGAGCUGAAAAGGCAAAAGCCAGUCUUAAAAAUCCUUCGACGGCUUAAUUAUAUGGAAACGUUGGAAGAGAUAGAUAUAUCGGAAGAAAAUGUAGUAGAUUUAUUCCUGGAGCUAACAAACAAAAAGGAAAUGUCUUGGAAUAGAGCAGACAUGGAGGAAAAAACAAACGCAGAGGAGAUAAAAGAAUGGAAAGAGGAAAGCAGUGGGUGUCAGCAAGAUGGUUUCGAAAACAGCUUGCUUUCCUUGCUUGAAAAAUAUCCGAAAUGUAGAAACUAUAACGAGUCAGUCCCGAAUGUUGAAUCGUCGAAAAAACGUAAAUGCGAUAACGGUGACAAUGAUUCGGUGACAAAGAAACAUAAAGAAGAAAAAGAUGUACGGGAAGUAAUUCCGGAUCCCGAGGCGUCUAAACAACCUCCCAGGUUUGAAAGCGAUAUGUAUACUCCGAGAUGGGUGCGUGGUGUGGGGAAGUCUAAGGAAGGAUUAUGUCCACAUUGUAAUCCUCCACGAUGGUAUAAGACGAAAAUAUCUGCAUACUGGUAUCAUCUAAAUUAUCAACAUGGCAUUUCCUCGAUUACCGGACGACCAUUUGCUGGGCCGGUAUCGGAACGCAACAAUAAAAAAUCCGGCUUACGAGAGGCGCUCUGCCACAAGUGUGGGAAGUGGAUACUGAACCAAUCUCCACGGGAUAAAGAAGUAUUAGUCCCAGAAAUCUAUUGGUAA